GGAGUUUGACGCCAACGAGCUCGCCGAGGCCAGACUCAUCAGGGGCUCCCGGCCCCUCGCCGUCUCGGACCUCGGCCGCCCCAUUGUGGAGCGCGUCUACUGCAGCGACUCGAGCUCGCAUGCGCGCGCCGCCCACAUCACGAGGGCGACCCCCCGGGAGGCAUGGGCCGCGGCCAUCUACCGCGAGCGCUGGAGGUUCAGGGAGCUGGGGGGCGAGCACGGGAACGACUGCGGCGCCGGUGCCCUGCCCGACGAGACCCCCGAGCUGGAGACGGGCUGGGAGACGUUCAGCGCCUGGGCCGCCCGCGAGGUGGAUCAGGAGCUGGGUCGGCUGCGGGAGUCGCGCGUCGCCGUCGUCCCGAGUGAGUCGCAGCUGGGCGAUGUCGUGGAGGUUGUUGGUUUGGUGCCUGCUCUCGGCCAUGAGUGGGAUCUCCCCGAACGCUGGAGAUGCAUCCGAGCUGGGAGCUGGAAGCAUCCUGAUAAGGUCCACAACCUGGGGGCGCGCGGAGCGCUCAUGGGGCUCGCCGGCCACUGCAGCAACAGUGCGAACCACAACGCCGUGCUGCUCUCCUUCGGGGCGGGCGAAGAGGCCGCGCGUGACAGCCUGCAGCUGGCCGCGGCGGGGAGCGCUGCUCGCCGCCUUCGGCGCCGCGGGCCCAGACAGCGUGGCGAGGUUUACUUCCUCCAGCUCUUCGCUGGGCGAUGCCGCCUCACCGCUGGAGCCCGGGGCGGCGGGCUACGCUGCGCUGCUCCAGUCGACCACAUCAGCGCAGAGUACUUCGACGUCACCAGGGCCCCGGUCGCGGACGCCAUCGCGCAGUGGAUCCUGUGCGGCUCGAUCUGGGCUAUCGCCCUGGGGGCCCCCUGCGCGCGCUGGAGCGCUGCUCGGCGAGGUGGCGAGAUGGCGGGCUCGGCCGCGUCGGCCUCCGGUCUUGCCUGCGCCAAUUUCUCGCGUCGAGUGGCGCGGGCCUGCCUCGACGCUGGCGCUCAGUUCGUCAUCGAGAACCCUCGGUCGAGCCACCUCUGGAGCUGGCCGCCGCUGGAGCGCCUGCUUAGGCGCGCUGCUGCCGUUCGCGUGGAGCUGGACAUGUGCACCUUCGGCGCAGCAUGGAAGAAGCCGACCCUGCUCGUGGGCAACCUGCAGGGCCUUGAGCGCGUGGAGGCCAGGUGCCCCGGGCACGCGCGACACGUCGUGCUGCAGGGGUCGGUUCACCUCCCAGCCGCGGCGACGUCACCGGCUCGCUGGCGGUGGGGGGCGUCUUUCGCCUCGGCUUGCCCUCCUCAGUUUUGCCGCCGCCUGGCGGGAGUGCUGCUGGAUGCCGCUCCGCCAGCCGCCUGGAGGAAGGAGGGCGAGUCCCGCGUCGACCAGCGGCGGGAGGAGCACUUGGCAGCCUGCCUCGGCCAGAAGGUCAGCCACUUCGUCCAGGUGGCACCCCUCCCGGCUAAGGCCACGCUCGGGUGGGAGAAAGCAGACGGGUAUUGGGGCGGGCAGCCGCUCAAAUGGGAGCUGGGCGUCCUCGCUCAGCGCUAUCGCGACUGCUGCGCUGCCGUGGUCCGCUUCGCCCGCUCGGUCCCAGCCGUCACCGACGUGGCGCAGUGGGACAAGCUCCUCGUCGAGUACAUGGAGUUCCUCUUCUUGGACGGCGCUGCAGUGAGCGCUGCCCGCUAUGCCCUCUACGGCGUUGCCUGGACAUUGGAGAUGUUCUGGCUUUUCGUCGACUUCUUCAUCCAGCACGAGCUGCACCUCGUUGGGUUCUUCGCCGCGCUGGCCUGGGACUGCUAUCUCAGGCCGUCCGAGGCGAUCGAGCUCCGCAAGGAGGACCUGUGCAAGCCCGUGAAGGGCGCCUCGAUCCAGAAGUGGAGCAUCACGGUUGCCCCCUCGACCAGAGACAGGCCCGCCAAGAACGGGCAGUUCGACGCCGGGGUGGUGGCCGCCCGGCAAGAUCGUGGCUGGGUGGAGCCCCUGCUCAAGAGCGUCUUCGAUCGGACGAAGCCAGGCGAGCUGCUGUUCAGAGGCCUCGCGCUGGCGGCUGUCGAGAAGGCCUUCAACCAAGCCUCCGACCACCUGGGCUACAAGGAGGUGCCGCACGGGACGCGGCGCGGAGGCCCGUCGCAUGACGCGUUCAAGAACGGG